AUGUGGAUCCCGACACCCAGCAUGACUCUCCCUCAGCGGAUGGUGCUGUACGGGACGUGUGUUGUGGCGUUGAUGAACUCUGUGGGCCUUCUGGUGCUCUUGGUCCAGCAGAAUCAGCAACAUGCCAGGCUGGAGCAGACAGAGGUGAGGCUGACAGAUGUGGAGCAAAGCUCGGUGGUGGAGUUCCUCCAGGAGGUGCCCGGGAGAGCGGCGGGUAUUCGAGCAAACGUUGGGGAACAGCAGCCGCAAUACCAGUACCAAUACCAGUACUCCAGGAACAAGAGGAGUGAAAAAAAGUUGGAGCAGGAGCUUCACCACGAGCCUCACCAGGAAGACGGACAGGAGCUCUAUCAGCAAGAGGUCAGCCAGGAGGUGGGAGAGGACACAGAGAAGAAGAUGAAGCAUGAGCUGAAGCACAAGCACCGACACAGCCAUAGUUACCACAAGGCGCAUGUGCAGGAUGACAUGAUGACGAUGAUGACUUACUCCAUGGUCCCGAUCAAAUUGUUGAUCGACAUUUGCAACAGCACCAAGGGAGUCUGCAUAGCCGGACCCCCGGGACCGCCUGGUUUGCCUGGUGCUGACGGUUUGCCCGGCCACAAUGGGACGGAUGGCCUCCCAGGAAUGAAUGGACCACCCGGGGCUGAUGGGAAAAGAGGAAAAAAAGGGCCACCAGGUGAAACAGGAGAACCUGGCGAAAAAGGAGAGCAAGGAGAGCCAGGGCCUCCCGGAGAGAAGGGACAACCAUCCAAUGAUGUCAUUAUUGAGGGUCAUGCUGGUCCUCCAGGACCUCCUGGGCCCAUGGGCCCUCCUGGACCUCCAGGGCCUCAAGGGCCUCCCAGAACAAGGCAUCACAGAGCCCACCUUCAGGCUGCUCAGACCCUGGGGACGUUACACGCAAUUCCAAAUGAUGAAAAUUCAUCUCCAAAGGAAGCGGUGAAACUGCAUGAGAAGCCCACUAAGAAGAACGAGUGCCUGAUUAAGUCUCUGAUCAACCCAAGGAAUGUGACGAAGAUGGAGAGCACCUUCGGCACGUGGAUGAAAGACACCGCUCAGCUGAACGAUGAGCGCAUAUGGGUGGCAGAGCACUUUUCUGGACGCGUGGUGAAGGAGUAUGCAAGCAUUGCCUCCUUCGAGAACAACAGCAGUGACGUUGUGGAUGUCAGAAAGUUCUAUUAUGGCUGCGGCCACACUGUUCACAACGGUUCUUUCUAUUAUCAUAUGGCUGGUAGUUCCAGCAUCGCCAGAUUUGACUUUCACACCAGGAAGCUUCACACCCUGAGUAUAGACAACGCCUUGCACCACAGCCUCGCUUAUCUGCUCUACAACUCCAAGACUUACUUUAAAUUCGCAGCGGAUGAGAAUGGCUUGUGGCUGAUCUUCGCCUCCAGUGUGGACGAUAGCAUCACGGUGGCCCAGCUGGACCAGAAGACCUUCUCCGUCACGUCCUACAUAAACACCACCUACCCACGCACCAAGGCUGGCAACGCCUUCAUUGCCUGUGGUGUCCUGUAUGUAACUGACACCAAGGACACCAGAGUCACCUUUGCUUUUGACCUGCUUAAAGGGAAGCCGGUCAAUGUGACCUUUGACCUGAGGUCUCCAGGUGGCGUGCUGGCAAUGCUCUCCUACAGCCCGAAGGACAGACACCUGUAUGUGUGGGACCAAAGCUAUGUCAGGCUCUACGUGGUCCACUUCAUCAAUGAUGAAUGACAAACAGCCUGAGGAUGACACACACACCUGCUGACUACAACUACUAAUCACUCCAUCUUUGAAAACUGGUCAUAUUUAGGUGUCCAAAAGAUACGUACACACCAGUGUCAGCUUUAUCCUCCUGUCAGGUGUUGUAGUCAGUUGUGAAAAAUUAGAUUCA